CUUUUUGCAGUCGAUCUUUUCCCUUACGACGCAUCGGAGGGCGCGUGUAUGUCUCCGUACGACAUGACGGUGUGGAUUUUAGCGAAUUGAAGGUUUUGAAUGGCUUUGUUUUGCUAUUUAGCCCCGAAACUCUAUUCUAGAAUUGAGGGUGGCAGAUGCACGACAGUCAUUAUGGAUGUGAGGUGGCACUACUUUACUGUGUCUGUAGUAUGUAUAUAUAGGAGUCCCCAAUGUGUGUUCUCAGGUCAAGCGCAGUGACAACUUUGCAUUCCAAUCUACAUCACUAUGCGCGACCUCACCAUUCUUCCAACCUCCAAGACGGCGGGAAUAACUGUCUUCAUAAUAUUCCUCGCAUUCUUCUUCAAAGUAUAAAAACAUCUCAAGCUAUAUCAUCUCGGAAGACUAACAAAGCUGUAGAUACUCCAUAGAGCAUACUUUACCUCUCUAAGCAAGAUCCCGGGACCAUGGCACGCAAGACUCACUCAUCUUGUCCUCCAAUACCAUAUCGUCACCGGGACUCGCAUUCACUACAUCCAUUCCCUUCAUCAUACCUACGGUCAAAUAGUCCGCAUCUCUCCAACCGAGGUAUCAUGCUCUUCACUUCCCUCCUUCCUCACCAUCCAUCCUAUCUCUAAGCCAUUCCUCAAAUCUACUUGGUAUCAAAGUCUUGUCCCCCCUCCUGCAGGAAUCCUCAGCAUGGUUGAUCCAAAAGAACAUGCUGCUCGCCGCAAAUUGUUUUCACAGGCUUUCAGUAAGAGCUUUUUAAAAACAAACUGGGAGCCUGAGGUUAGGAAAAAAGCUGCAAUGGCGGUGGCAAAGAUUAAGAGGGAUGCUUUGAUAAAAGAGGCGGAUAUCUUGACGUUCUUUACGUUCAUGGCAACUGAUGUGGUGGCACAUCUGGCCUUUGGGGAAAGUUUUAAUCUUUUGGAAAAUGAAAAUGUCAGUUUCUCCACCAGCUUCUGAAUGAUCUAGCACUGAAUCGAAAUUAGAAAACCCAACUCGUUCAUGAUCUUCAACAUGAAAUCGGUUUGGGCUCUUUACGCGCCGAGUUUCCUACUAUCUUCGCCAUUGGGAAAUUCCUACAUAUUCCCCUUUUCCAAACAGCUGAAGCACGAAUCAGAGAAUAUGGUGCAAUAGCAGUUAAAAACGCCAGAUCACAAAGUCAAGCUAUUCCGACUAUAUUCCGAAAAGUCCUCACCGAAUCUAAGACUGAAAAUGCUGAGGGUUCAAUGUCUGAUAGAAGUAUUGUAUCAGAAGCUGCUUUUUUUAUUGUGGUGGGCACCGAUACGACUGCUAUUUCAAUCACGUAUCUGCUGUACAACAUUUUGAAGGAUCCGAAUUUGCAGAAACAACUAGAAGAUGAGGUAGAGACUUUGGGCGAAGAUUUCGAGGCAAAGGAUGUGGAGCAGUUGGUACUGCUAAAUGCGGCUAUUGACGAAGGAAUGAGGUUGUGGGGUGCAGCACCUGGCUCUCUACCUCGUAUCGUGCCGAACGGAGGAGCUAUGUUGGAUGGAUAUCAAGUUGAAGGGGGUGUAACGGUUUCGACUCAAGGCUGGACCAUCCACCGCAAUCCAGAAAUCUAUCCAGAACCUGACAGGUAUAUUUCUCCAUAAUUCAUUCCCUCAAUUCUCCACCAUGACAAAACUAACACAUAUUCCCUCUAGUUUUCAACCUCAACGCUGGCUAGGCGAAAAAUCAACCGAGAUGAAAGCAGCUUAUCAUCCUUAUGGAUCAGGAACACGCACUUGUAUAGGAAUACAUUUGGCAAGAAUGGAAAUCUGGUUAAGUCUUGCUUUGUUCCUCAGAGAAUGCAAGGGAGCAAGGAUUGCGUUGAGUCAAACUGAUGAUGACAUGGAGCCUAGAAAGUCCUUGGUGAUUGAGCCGAAGGGGGGGAAAUGUAUGAUUACUAUGACGGAUGGAUACUAGUAUGGUUAUUAGGGUGUAGGGGUGAUUUCUUGGGUGAGACCGGGUUUCGUUAUCAAGGCAGAGUAAAUUGAAAGAAUUCACAAAUUUGCAAUAAGAACGGCGGACUAGAUCAUUGGUGUCACUUGUAUACAGAAGGAAUAUUAUA